AUGAUUGCCCAGCCGGGAAAGGAGGGACAACAGGUCCCACCUGGGAUAUGGGCUGGUAAUUCUAUUGGAGUCUUUACUAGUGGCGGCGACUCACAAGGCAUGAAUGCAGCUGUGAGGGCUGUUGUACGAAUGGGCUUUUAUCUUGGCUGUAAAGUCUUCUUCAUUAAAGAGGGUUAUCAAGGAAUGGUGGAUGGUGGGGACAAUAUUGUGGAGGCUAUAUGGUCCAGUGUCUCAGGGAUUAUCCAGAUGGGAGGGACAAUCAUUGGCAGUGCCAGAUGUAAGGACUUCCGCGAGCGGAGUGGCCGUUUGACCGCUGCCUGCAAUCUUGUUCAGCUGGGCAUUACCAACCUUGUGGUCAUUGGUGGAGAUGGUAGCCUCACCGGUGCUGACCUCUUCAGACAAGAGUGGUCGGCUUUGCUAGAUGAGCUUCUUGCAAACGGUAGAAUCACAAAAGAACAGCGUGAAGACAACAAGCAUUUAAACAUUGUGGGACUUGUCGGAUCCAUUGACAAUGAUUUCUGUGGCACAGACAUGACCAUAGGCACAGAUUCUGCCCUUCAUAGAAUCGUGGAGUCUGUAGAUGCUAUUGCUACUACUGCCCAGAGCCAUCAGCGAGCUUUUGUUCUGGAAGUCAUGGGCCGGCAUUGUGGAUAUCUGGCUCUGGUUGGUGCCUUGGCAUCAGAAGCUGACUGGGUGUUCAUUCCUGAAUGGCCACCAGAAGGAGAUUGGCGAGACACACUUUGUAAGAAAUUGGCUGCAGAAAGAAAUCUAGGACAGCGGCUGAACAUUAUUCUGGUGGCUGAAGGUGCCAUUGAUGAGACAGGAAAACCCAUCACAGCCGAGGAGGUUAAAAAGCUUCUGUCUGAAAAGCUGAAAAUAGACACAAGAGUGACAGUCCUGGGUCAUGUCCAGAGAGGCGGAAGUCCCUCGGCCUUUGACCGGAUCCUGGGAUCUAGAAUGGGGGCUGAGGCAGUUUUGGCCCUGAUGGAUGCCACUCCAGAGACCCCAGCUUGUGUCAUCUCCAUCGAGGGAAACUCCACUGUCCGCGUUCCUCUGAUGGAAUGUGUUGAGAGGACGAAGGAAGUCCAAAUUAACAUGGACAAGAGAAACUUUGAUGAAGCAGUUCGCUUGAGAGGAAAGAGCUUUCAGAACAAUCUGAACACCUACCGCCUACUGAGCAAGCUGCGACCGCCCUCCCACACCAAACCAGCCAUUCAUGAUCACAAGACGGAACACAAUAUAGCCAUCAUGAACAUUGGGGCGCCAGCUUGUGGCAUGAAUGCUGCCGUGCGGUCAUUUGUGAGGAUCAGCCUGACGAAGGGCUUCCGAGUCUUAGGCAUCCACGAUAGCUUCGACGGCCUGCUGAAGAAUGAGGUCUACACUAUGACGUGGACUCAGGUACAAGGCUGGGCCGGGUCUGGGGGAUCUUUCCUGGGCACCAAGAAACAGUUGGCUGCAGAUGUUGGUGUGGCCAAGAUCGCCUUGAAGUUCUCCGAGUUCAAAAUCGACGGUCUGAUGAUAGUCGGUGGGUUUGAGGCAUUCCACAGUGCACACCAGAUCGCAGAGGCCAGGGAAGCAUUCCCAUCCCUGUGUAUACCAAUUGUAGUUGUCCCUUGUACUAUUAGCAACAACGUGCCAGGAUCUGACUUCUCGCUUGGAGCUGACACAGCCCUCAAUGAAAUCACAGAUAUAUGUGACAGAAUCAAACAGUCGGCCACAGGAACCAAGCGACGUGUGUUUGUUGCAGAAACCAUGGGUGGCUACUGCGGCUACCUGGCCACUUUGGCAGGCUUGGCCAGCGGUGCUGAUGCUGCGUACAUUUACGAGGAAAAGUUUAAUGUCCUUGACCUGAAGCAAGAUGUGGAACAUCUCAAAGACAAGAUCUUGAAUGCUGGGGUCCAGAGAGGUUUGGUGUUGAGAAACGAACUUGCCAAUCCCAACUACACCACAGACUUUGUGAGCCGUCUGUUUGCUGAAGAAGGUUUCCCCACAUUCACAACUCGCAUGAAUGUGCUCGGUCACAUGCAGCAGGGAGGCUACCCAUCUCCAUUUGACCGCAACUAUGGAACAAAGAUGGCUGCCAAGGGAGUGGAAUGGCUGUCAGAUAAGAUGGAGAGGUUUAAAACUCCACAAGGCUGUGUGAGGACUGGCAAUGCUGACUCUGUGGUGCUCCUGGGCAUGUUGAAGAGGCAUCUGACUUUUACUCCAGUGGAGGAGCUGGCUGAAGAAACAGACUUUGACAAACGUCUACCCAAAGAGCAGUGGUGGCUCAAGCUACGGCCACUGCUGAGAAUCCUGGCCAAGCAUUCGGUGGUCAGCUAUGAGACGGAGGCGGUGAUGCAUAACAUAGAUGACGAUGAUGAUGAUGAGGAAGGAGAGCAUAUACUUUAA